AUGCCACCGUUCGUCCCCCGCAAGCGUUUCUCCUCCGAGGAUCCGCCCCCGGCCAAGCGUCUCCGGCCGGACAGCCAGGACCAGCCUGCGCCUGCCAUCCCCGAAUCCGAUGCGGACUCCGACUCCGAUUCCUCGCUGAGCGAUGCGCCCGAGGAGCUUGAGAACCAUGACAAAGAUUCCGAGGAAGAAGAAGACAUCGACUGGGAAGACGCAAUAGACACCAAGACCACGAGCGCAACGACUCCCGCCACGUCAGGCCCAGAGCUCCAGGAUCUCGAGCUGACCCUGGACAAGAACGACGUGCACACAGUCGACAUCCUAGACAGCAAAAAAGGGCCGACGAAGAUCGAACGGCAGAUUCGCAUCCAGAGUCAUUGCAUGCAUGUCCAAUGCUUGCUCUUUCAUAAUGCAAUUCGCAACGCAUGGAUCAAUGACGCUAAAGUUCACGAUAUUCUACGUCGCAAACUGCCAGAUGGAAUCCACAAAGAGGUCAAGAAAUGGCGCAUCGCGUCCGGACUCGAACUGCCAGAACCCAAGUCAGAACCCAAGGGCAAGAAGAAAGGCAAAAAAGCUCAAAAGAACAAAGACUGGAGCGAAGACUCGGAGAGGUUAGAGCCUGGACAGCCGGAUAUGAGUCGCGGAGAUCCGAUCAUCCCUCUUCUGAAGGUGCUGGUCGCAUACUGGAAGAAGCAAUUCCGCAUUACAGCGCCGGGCCUACGCAAACAUGGGUACAGACCGGUGGCCCCCCUUGAAGCGAUCAUCUCUGCGUUUCGCCAGGAGGAACACGACCCAGAGCAGCACGGAGAACGCAUUCGUGGCGUGGAUGAGUUCCGCUCCGCCGCGGAGCUUAUGCAGGGCUCACGGGAUGUGGGUGCACAGCUCUUCACCACUCUCAUUCGGGCGCUCGGCAUUGAAGCGAGACUGGUUGGCAGUCUGCAGCCAUUGGGAUUCGGCUGGACCAAAGCCGAGAUCUACACGCCCCCCAAAGAGGAAGGUCCUCAGAGUGAACCGGAGCCUGAAGAGUACAGUGAUUCCGAACAGAAACAGCCACCAAGCAAAAAGCGGCGCAAUCGAUACGACUCGGACCUGCCGUAUCCCAUUUACUGGACGGAAGUCGCAUCACCCGUCACCCACGAAAUCAUCCCUGUCGACCCGUUGGUCCUCUCCAACCCUGUGGCAACUACUCCAGAAUUUCAGGCCGCGUUCGAACCGCGCGGCGCUAAAGCCGAGAGAGCGAAACAGGUGAUUUGCUAUGUGGUCGCACACUCCGCUGAUGGAACCGCCAAGGACGUAACGACAAGGUAUCUACGACGACGGACAUGGCCUGGCAAGACAAAGGGAUUUCGAAUGCCCGUGGAAAAGAUCCCCAUCCCUGGCCUCCGGGGCCAAUAUUUUGAGUACGAUUGGUUCCGAGUGACGAUGCGCGGAUACGCACGACAUCCGGACAAAAGAACUACGGUAGAUGAUAUUGAAGACAACCGGGAGCUGCGACGCAAACAACCAGAGAAGAAGAAACCAGCCCAGGCGGGCGACACGCUGCAGAGCCUACGCACAUCCACCGAGUUCGUGCUUGAACGAUUCCUCCGCCGCGAGGAAGCUCUGCGGCCUGGAGCUGAGUCCGUCCGCACCUUUAUCGCCGGCAAAGGUGCCCGGGCCAAAGAGGAACCGGUCUUUCGACGCACCGACGUGGUGAAGUGCAUGUCUGCAGAGAGCUGGCACAAGGAAGGACGCCAGGUCUGCGCAGGCGCAGUGCCUCUCAAGCGAGUACCCAUCCGGGCAGUGACACUCAUCCGCAAACGCGAGGUCGACGAGCUGGAGCGCGAGACAGGCAAGAAACCACUACAGGGAUUGUACGCGCGCGACCAGACUGAGUACAUCACCCCGCCCCCGAUCCAGGACGGAGUCAUCCCCAAAAACACCUACGGGAAUAUCGAUUGUUUCGUGCCGAGCAUGGUGCCACAGGGUGCCGCGCAUGUUCCCUGGCCGGGCACUGUGCGAGUCUGCAAGAAGCUGGGGAUCGACUAUGCGGAGGCCGUGACGGGGUUUGAGUUUGGCUCGAAGAUGGCCGUCCCCGUGAUCCAGGGUGUUGUCGUCGCCGCUGAGAACGAGUCGCUGCUGAAAGAUGCCUGGCGCGUGGAUGCCGCGGAGAGACAGAAGCGCGAGCAGCUCAAGGCCGAGAAGAAGAUCUUGCAAACCUGGCGCAAGUUCUUGUUUGGGUUACGCAUUGUUGAGCGUGUUCGCGAGGAGUAUGGUGGUGGUGAUUCCGACAAGGACCGGGAGCGCGAUGCGCAUAAUCCCUUUGCUAAUCGGAAUAGCAGCCGGGCUGACAUUCAUGAGGAAGACGAGGGCGACGACAAAAACAAAAACCCUAUCGACCAUGGUGGGGGAUUUCUUCUCCCUGAUGAGGAUGACGGCGCAGUGGAUAAUCCAUUAAUCGUGGAAGACCAUCACCUGGAUGAUCGAAGCCAUGCCGCUGGCCCAUCGCAAGUCCAGGCAAUUGACAAAGAGAUUAUUGAACCCGAAGACAUCUCCGAUACCGAGUCCGACUACACCGACUGA